AAUCGAUGAUUGAUUUUAACCUAAAUUUUUUUUCAUUAUUUUAUUUGUUUAGAAUUAUUAUCCAAUUAUCAACCCAUUUGAAAUAUGCAGCAUUCUGAAAUCAUACAGUGCAAAGAGUUUAUUAAUCAUAACAAAUUCAAGGAAGCAGCCGAAACUAUAAAAACUUUAAAUACUGUAGGAUUUGAUUCAUCCAGCAAAUACUUGAAAGACAUCCUUCCGUAUGUUUCUUCAGACUAUCUCACAACAGAAGAAGAGUCAUUGCCUUUUCUAAUUGAACUCUUUCGUUAUUUAAGGAAUGUUGCAACAAAUGAGGAAAAUCAAAAUUUCAUUACAAAUGAUCCGCUUUUGAUUAAUGAAGUUGGGAUCAUAUUUCGAACAGUUCUAGACAAACCAAAUGGUACUCACUUGGUUAAAAUAAUUCUCCAGUUUCUGGUGAAUUUAGUGGUAUCAAAUCAGACAACUUGUUUAAAAGUAUCAAAUAUAUUGUAUGAGGAUAUCCUUGAUUGUUUCUAUAAGAGAAGAAAUAAUUAUGAAACUCUAGCCCUUCUGUAUAAUUUACAUUUACAGAACAGAGUCUUAUGUUUUAGAGAUGAACUUUUUGAGAAUGUCUUGCAUUUCUUGAGUGAAAAUGAUUCUGAAUAUGCCCAAUUUUUGGCAGAGUUGUUUUUGUAUUCUGAAAAUUUAUGGAGUAACUACAAUAAAUUUGAAAUAGCUAAUAGGAUAGUACUUUUAGAAUUGCUGAAAACAAGAUGGAUUGAAAGAAAAUUGAAUAAUCUUCCAAAAAUUUCAUUACAGAUUUUAAGUAAAAAAUUCUGGGAGUCUGAUAAUGUUAUUUUUCAAACGUUAUCUUCUGAAGAUAGUUCUUUGGAACCCUUUGAAAUUUCUCUCCUACUAGAUAUUUUGGGUUGCCUAUGUGGCAAUGAUACUUACUUAGCAAUACUGCAGGGGGAUACUGACUUGAUCAUAAGAUGUGGGGUUUUGCUUAUUAAUAUACAUAAGCUAGGGAAACAAUCAGAGAAUUAUUUUUCAUCACUACAAAAACUGUCAGAAUUAAAGGAACCAAGUGAAGUAAUUCAAAAGCAUCCUGCCUUUGGUUUCAAAGUUGGACUCGUUCGACUCAUAGGUAAUCUAUGUUGGAAAAACAAAAGAGUUCAAGAUUUGGUAAGAGAAACUGAAACGAUACCUAUCCUCCUAGACUGCUGUAAUAUAGAUGCGAGAAAUCCACUGAUAAUGCAAUGGGUCAUCCUAGCAAUAAGAAAUUUAUGUGAGAACAACCCAGAGAAUCAAGCAAUAAUAGCUGGACUACAUAAAGAAGGAACUGUCAGUUCAGCCCUGGUUGAAGAAAUGGGAUUGACAUUGCACGACGAUGACAAAGGAGGAAUAAGGAUUGUCCCUCUUGACCUGAAAAAGUGAUCGAUUUGAUAGUGACUUUGAUUGUCGAACUUUAUAAAUAAAUUUUAUUUUAGAGAA